AAAUGUAGUGUUUUGAGUAAAUGAUUCGAAUUAGUGCUGUUUUAUAUAAUAGAGGAGUACGCUCAACUGGACCAGCUUUGUGUGUGUUUAUAGAUCUGAUAGGAGCUCAAAAUGUUCUUUAACUUGAAAAAGAAAAGAAACAAGGAAACCCCACAAGAGCCUUCCCAUAUGCCAAAAAUGCAUCAUUGCCUAAACCCACAAGCAUUCACCAUCUACACUAAUUACACUCUUGUGCUUUCUUUCUUCUUCUCAUGCCUUUCUUCUUAUUACCAUCUCUCUCCAUUCUCUUUCAAGUCUCAUUAUUGUCUUUUAAAUCUUAAUUAGAAGCUGUUUUUUUUGUCUAGUUUGUGCUCAAUUCUCGGUUGGAGACGGAUCAUUGAGUUGGACCACCUGGCGACGUUAACAAGAGAGAAGUGUUCGGCUUUGGUCCGGUCUUGUUACGUACCAUCGAGGACUACUUGUUCUUCUGACGACAUUAUUACUAAACAGAACACGAAAGUGGAAGAUGGUCUCGGCUUCCGAGGAGGAGGACGGUGGCAGAAUAAUCAGCCGUCAAAGAGACACGGAGGAGGAAGAAGCUGCACCGCCGUAUCCAGCGAGCCUUGCAAUCUCAAAAGCAACCUCAAGGUCAAGACGGAGGUUGAUAAAGGGUUGGAACAGAGGAAAGUAAGCUGGCCUGAUGCUCAUGGCAAAGAUAUUGCUCAUGUUCAGGAGUUUGAGCUUAGCGCAUCUGAAGACGGAGAGCAUGCAGGAAAGUCUAAAAGAAAAUAUUGUGGUGUCUGUAUAAUCCAAUGACAAUAUUAUUACCCUUUUGAGUUUUUUUUGCCUUUUGGUUGUUUUUCUUACCACUGUGUCUGAAACGAGUUGAAGUAAGUAGUGAAACAAUGUUGAAUCUCCCAUCAA